CUCUCGAGCUUGUAACAAGUAAGAUGGCCUCCGCCGACUCCAGUUUAUCAAGUGAAAAUCCCGCCAAGAAGGAGGAUGAAUUUAACGAAUUUUACACGGAGGUUAAAGAAAUUGAAAAGAGAGAUUCUGUGCUGACCCCUAAGCAACAAAUUGACAGACUACUGCGACCUGGGUCAUCCUACUUCAAUUUGAAUCCAUUUGAAGUUUUACAAAUUGAUCCGAGCACAGCGAUAGAGGAAAUAAAAAAGAAAUACCGUCGUAUGUCAAUUUUGGUGCAUCCAGACAAAAAUCAGGAUGACGCUGAAAGAGCACAGCAAGCCUUUGAAAUUGUUAAUAAGGCGUGGAAAACUUUGGAAAACGAGGAAACUAGAUCAAAAUGUAUGGACGUUAUUGAGGAGGCAAAAGCUCGAACUGAUCACAUGAUUGCAGAAAAAAAGAAAAAGCAGAAGAAAGAAGGAAGAUCUGAGAACUCGGGUCCGACACUUUUGGAGGAAGAAACUGAGGAAGGCUACAGACACGCAGUCUGGGUUAUGACGAUGAAACUGUUCGCCGAUAUGGAGCGAAGAAGACGAGAACUAGCCACGAGAGAUGCAGAACAACGUAAGAGAAAACGCGAAGAGGAAUUAUCUGCGGAAGCCCAGGCAGCAAUGGAGCGCGAAUGGCAACGAAACUUCGAGGAGUCCAGACAAUCGCGCGUCGACAGCUGGAAGGCAUUUCAAUCCGGCACAAGCGCCACAAAGCAGAAGAAGGCAAAGAAAUUAAAAGCCUUCAGGCCGCCGAAAACGAAGGCGGAGUCACGAUAAUCAUAAACCCUCGUUUUUCUCUAAUUCCGAUAUGCGGAUUCUGAUUUUAGUCGACGCAAUGUUUUAUCUUAUAAAGAUUUUCUCGCAGCGUUAAGAUAGGUUAAGAGAUCUAAUAUCGCGCGAUGUUGAUCCAACGAUAAACGUGCCGGAUCACUCUUGAAAUUGAAAGACGAGGAUAUUGUGAAUCUUUGGUCCUUUUGACUCCAAGCCAUCCAGUUACAAGGUAAAAAUUUGUCGGUUUUGACAUUCGUUGUUGGAUUUAAAUGUCGAGAUUAGAGUUUCUAUGAAAGAUUCUCGCAUUAAUAGUCACUUUCAUCAACUUUCUAUCAGAAUAAUGGUGACUGUUAAGUCCUUGACGAGCUUUCGAAAGCAUCUUUUUAUUUCACCGAGAUAAAAAGAUUAUUAUUGAAGAUUAUUGAAUCAUUUAUAUUUAUCAUCAAUUCCAACUUGACAUUGCUCACUAAUACAGCGUUCAGAGUAAACGAAUUCUGGGGGAGUGUGGUAAAAUCGAUUGCAAGUCCAUUUUCUUGCUUAGAUUAAUCGUGAUUCAAAGUUAGAAUAAAGAUAUUAAAGGCACACACCGAUAGCAAGUGUUGCCGUGAGCAAAGUCUUGAGAGCAAAUUUGCGCGUUACUGCAAAAGGGAAAAAUAUACGAAAAAAAAAUUGUGGAGCAAUAGCAAAGUUAUUGGGUGAAUGUAGAAUAAUGAAUGCAUCUCUUUAUGUACGUGGCUGAAUGCAGUUUUGUGUGUGCGUGUUAUGCAAAAUCGUGGCGUUCAUUUUGAAAGUGACGGAAAAAAAUCGUACGGUAAAAAUCUUUAUUAAAACAGGUAGAAUUUCCAAUCUAAUUUAAAUAUUGUACUUUUUGCUUAAAUAUUCUAUUCUAACAAGCUGAUUUUACCUAGCUAAUUUAGAUUUAUUUUUAUUUUGUUUAUAAGUUAUAUCCUCACAUUAUUUUUGAAACGAACGACUCGAUUGCGAUAGUCUCUUAUGUGUAAAUCCUGUCUCUUCGCGGAGUCUGACAAUUAUGGAGUUUUUCUCGAAUUCCGCGAUUAUGCGACUAUGUAUAGAAAAGAAAAAGAAGAACGAAAAAGGUAGAUAUCUCUGGAGCAUUGUACAUUCGCCAAUAGCCUGAUGUCAUUGCGCAACAAUUGUCAAUUUUAUAAUCUACAUGUGUCUCGUACUUUUACUAUUAAACGUACGAUUGUCCAUCAUAGGGAAAGUACACAGUUGGAUAUAUAUUUAUCGUACUAUGACGCGAAUUCAUACAUACAGAAUCGGGAUACUACCAUGAUACCAUUUUUCUGUAAAAAUGCCAAAUUCGCGUUAAUUAACUUUCGAAUAUUUUAACCAAAUAGGUCCUGGUCUACAAUAAGUGCUUCAAGCCCUAAGCCGUAAGAAAUUGAUCAAUCACAGUAGAAUGUGAGGAGAAUACUCGACUGUGAUUGGUCAAUUUCUUAUACGGCUUAGAGCUUAAAUACCCUUAAAAAACAAGGUUGUAGACCAGCACUAGAAAUUUAUAUAAUAAAAGAUCAUACGGACCUAACACUCAUAACAAAAUUUAUAUGUUGCAUAUGAUACGUGCAGAAUAUUCGACAAAGUCUCGGAGUGAAUUUGUGAUUUAACAAUUCGAGUCUUGAAUCGUCAAAAUCUUUCGUACCCCAAGAAAGAUUCUUAAAGUAUCAUGAGAUUAUAACGAAAUGCUCGUGCCAUAAAAGAUCGAUUCGCUGCGCAUUGUUGCCUUCGAUUUUACACCGAAUGAGAUCUGGGCUUUUCGGGCCACGCCAAUUGAAUCCUAAAUUCCACUAUUCAUGGUACGAUAUCGCGAUGGCUCUUUUAUAACUUCGCGAACACCUCGGUAUUGCACGAAUGGCGUAUGGAUCUCGCGAAGAUCCGAGGACGAAAAUGGUUCGAUCUUUGGAAUCUAUUGUGCGAUAUGAAUAUACAUACGUAUAUAAAUUGUUUCUAAAAAGACUGUUCAUAUUGCACGACGUGCCGCAAUUUCGGAUAUAAUUGUCUAAUAGUAUGUAUAUAUAUCACUACUCAAAUACAUUAAAAAACCUUCCACCGAA